UCUAGGUAGGCUGUGCUUCACUGACAGUUCUGACAGGUUGAAAAGGUUAUCUUGAAGCUUUGUGAAGUGUAGUAUUUAUUUGAGCUGCUAUUUAUUUAGAUUACCAGAAUUAUAAAUCGUUUGGCCCUACAAUUUAAAGGAAGUACUACCAUAGGUAAAAACUUAUAGGAUUUGUUAUUUUGAGAAAUGAUAUAGAGAGUUCAAUAAGCAUUAUAAAUAUGGUAUCCAGAAAGUUUGCCUUUUGUACAAUAAUUUUCUCUUCAAUUUUGAGACUUAACGUUGAAAAUGUCUAAAUUACAAAAACGUAAAUUAACGUCAACCCUUUCUACAAAGAGUAAAACAAUAUCUGCUACAAAAACUAGGCCUAGCGUUUUUGAACGUUUGGGCACCAAAGCUAGUACUAUUCAUACCAAGGAGUAUUGUCAUCAUUGGGCUCAGAACGGUACGUGUCCUUACGGAAAAAGUUGUAAAUAUUCGGCCACACAUACCUUAACUAGCCCUUCAAAACAAAGAGCCGCCAAAACACAAAGUGAAAAAAGGAGACACGUUAAGGAUGCACAUAAGAGAUUACAUCCUGGAGAACCUGAUGAAGACUGGGACUGGAAUGCUGAAGAAUUAGAAGACGCUGACCCUGAUGACCUAGAAAAACGUAGAGCAGAAUUGCAAAGAGAAUUAGAGAUACAAAUGAAGAUGGAGAAAGCUAGAAAAAAAGAGAAGAAAAUCAAGAAAGAUAGUAGUCCAUCCACUGAAAGUUCGUCUUCAACUACUGAAUCAACCUCUAGUAGUGACGAUUCUUCUUCCUCAUCAUCUUCUGCAGAAACAAGAAAAAAGAAGAUGAAUAAGAAGAAAUCUAAAAGGGAAAGUUCAUCAUCUUCUGAAGAGAGAAAACACAAGAAAGCUAAGAAAGUGGCAAUCAAAUCAACUCAUCAUGAUAAAGAUAAGAAAGUACCAACUAAGGUAACAAAAGUUUCUUUGAAGUCCCCAACACCUGUUCGAGUACGUAAACAGUCGCAAACACCCCCUCCUAAAACUAAAACAUUUGUUCCAUCUAAAGCUGCUACUUCUGAAAUUAAAUCACCACAACCUCUCAAUAAACCAACAGUUAAAGAAAAACAUAGAACACCAUCGCCUAAGUUAAAAGAAAAGGAAAGAGAAAAAGAACGUGAAAAAGAAAGAGAACGAGAAAAAGAACGUGAAAAGGAACGAGAAAGAGAAAAAGAAAGGGAAAAAGAGAAAGAAAGAGAAAAAGAAAAGCUCAGGGAAAGAGAACGAGCUAAAGAGAAAGAGAGGGAGAAAGAUUUGAAAAAGAAGGAAAGGUCCCCGAAGAGGGAUAAUAGAGGAGAAUCUCGUAAUAGUAAGGAUAUUAGAAAAAGAGAAACGCCUGACUCCAGUCAUUCUAAAGAUCGGAAAACUUCUCCAAGUAAGAGUAAAGGAAGUAGAAGUACAAGUGUUUCUAGAAGGGAUCAUCGAAGCCCUGCAUCAAAAGAUGACCAUAGAGUUUCAAAAAAGGAUGACAGAGAUAGAACAAGGCAGAAAGAUCGCAAUGAUCCUAAAAGUAGAAAAGACAGAAGGGAUUCCCGUGAGAGAGAAAGGGAAAGAGAACGAGAAAGAGAAAGAAGAUUGGCUAGGGAAAAAGAAAGAGAAGAAGCUUUGGCCAGAUGUCAAGAAAGACAGAGAGAAAGAGAAAGACUCAAGAAGUUGGCUGCAAAAGAGGAAGAAGAAAGGAGAGCAAGAGAUAGAAGUCGUAGAGAUGAUCGUGGCCUUGAUAAACCAUCAAGUGAAAGAGUUGAUCGACUUAUUCCAUUGGCUAAAGAACGCAUAUCUCAAUCAUCAAGAAAAGGUCAUUCUUCUGAAAGGGAUAGAAGGGAUCGUGAUGCAAGACGAGAACGUUCUCCUGAUAAUCGUCUAUUGCGGAAAUCAUCUUUGGACAGACCGGAAAGACUUGAUCGUGAUUUGGAUAGGAGAGAGUAUGAUCGUACCUUUGCUGCCCGUUCUACUGACAGAAGCUAUGACAGAGGAAGGGAUAUUGAACAUGAAAGGGACCCAGAUUAUGGUAGACUCCAUGAAGUUGAUAGAAGAUUGGAUGAUAAAGACUACGGUAGUCCAUAUGACAGAGCCCGGUUAGAAGAACGUAGAUAUUUGGAUAUUGAAGAACAUUAUGAACCUCCUAGAGAAGAUCAUUUGCCAAGGGAUUAUGUCGAUGAUCGUCGUUCUAGGAGAGAAAUGUGGGACAUACGAGAUGACAGAGAUUUAGAAAGAGACAGGGGCUUAGACCACCAUCGCUAUGCUCGUGAUGAUAGGCAUUCUCCAUCUUUGAAGACUAGAGAAUGGGAUCCAGAAUAUGCCGAACUAGAGUGGAGUAGAAGGCAAGAAUGGGAGGCUAGAGAUAAUUGGGAUAUCGAUAUGAAACAUGCAACGGAAGAGGAGUGGCGUCUUUACAAUGCCAGUAGAUCUAUGGAGGCGUGGCCAGAAGAAAGGAGGCGGUGGCCUGCUGCUGAUUGGAGGGAGACUAGAGACCAUUCCAGACCUAGAAGUGUCACAUCCCAUAGCAGGGAAGGAGAUUUAGAUGGUAGAAGAAAAGAGCAUCUGAGAGCAGAUACCCAUAAUAGAAAUGAUCCUCCAGUUAGGGCAGAAAGAAGCGAACGCAACCAUUCUUUGCCAAGAAGUGAAGCUUCACAUGAGGCUCAGUCCAGGAAAGAUACUUCACAUGACUCGCAUGGAAGAAGUGAAGCUACAAAAUCUGAUCGUGAACGUAAAGAUCCCAAAGAACCUAAAGAAAAUUCAGACAAGAAAGAUGCACCAGAGAAGAAAGAGUCUGUUGAGAAAAAAGAACCAAUACAAGUCAGUGAAGCUGAGAUUGAGCCGACAUCUGAAGUUAAGACUUCGCUCGAGAAAGAAGAGAAGGAUACAUCUUUGAAGAGAGCAGCUGAACAGCCUCUUGACAGUCCAAGUGAACCCAAAAAAAUAUGCUUAGAGCCUGUGCUGGAGGAUGAUCUCAGUGAAAUCAGUGAUGAUGCUGAUGAGAUUUUGAAUAGAGUGGAGGAGGUCGCUGAGGAGCCAGAAGAAGAAGCCGCAGUUCCAGAAAACGCAGAAACUUCUUCUCCGAAAGAGCAGACUUCUGCUGGAUCUCCAAAAUCUCAAUCUCCCCCUCGGUCACCAGGUAAUCGUCUAUCCAAAGAGAACUCGAUAGAUGAGGAAAAUAUGGAUUUGGACUUUGAGGAAAUUUCUGAAGACGAGCUGGAAGAAGAGUCCAGAGUUAAGGGAAUCGGUGAUGCUCUAGGUGUAGAUUGGGCCAGUCUAGUGGCAGAGUCCCGUCCAAGAGUUAAACCUCUUAGUUCGGCUAAAAAGAGGUGGGAGAGUCACAAUGUUUUGUACCAUUUAGGUAUCUCUGUUGAGCUAGCUGGUGAAGAUUUUGUUAAAGAAGUAUACAGGGAACACGAAGAGGCUGAGCUGAUAGAAAAAAUGAAAAUUAAAGUAGAGAAUGAAGAAAAAAAUGGUAAAGUUGAUACUUCAGUCGAAGUUAGAGAUGAGACUGGAAAGGAUUUACUUGUGACUGACCCUUUGGCAGAAAUCCAAGUAGCCAAUUUGGAAAGAAUGAACUUGAGGCGGACAUUAUUGACUAGUGUUGGAUCUUAUAGAAGAGCUCUAUCGGCCAGACGAGAUUUAAUGAUUAGAAGGAAUUUGUGUAAUCUACCUAUUUCAGAUGCUUUUGUUGAAGCACCUAAAAGACAUGAUCCGGAAUUGUUUAAACUUGCAGUGAAGUUGUUAGAACGUGAGAACAAUAGUGACAAAAUCACAUUAUGAAUUUAUACUUCAUCAAUAGACAUUUUAGGUUGGUGUAAGUUGAAUUUCUCUAUUUAUGUUUUGAUAUUUUCUGUAAAUAGAUAUUAGAAUGUUUGUAAUAGGUGCGUCAAAUAUAUAAUAGAUUGACAAUGAACUUAAAAAAAAUGAUUUAAUAGAUUCUUUAAUAUUGUAGAAUUCUUGAAGAAUUUUGAUUUUUCAAUUAAGAUGGUUUCUGACCUGGUAUUAUUUAUGUUGAGGUUAACAUAUUUAAAUUACAAUAAAAAAGUUUAUUGUACUGAA